UGCGAUUGGCUAUACGACUGCUAAUGACCGUAUUCUUCCACGUAAACAAAAUAGUGCGUGUGUCACUAUUGGUGGACAGUGAACUGAUUUGAGAUCAUCAACACGAUACCGUUUAUAAGAACUUUCUGCCUUACAGCCGUUCUGGUUUACAAACACAAUGUAUCAAUAGUCGGUUUGGCGGAGGAAUACAACGCCAUCGGAUUGUGGUAUUUAAACCACCUUCACGAAGUGAUGUCAGCUUGGAACAAAUACUGCUAUAGGAAGGUGAGAACAAGAUAUGUCAUAUCGGCCAGAGUAAAAGAGUGCAGUUUUUCUGCUAGAAAUAUUCUGAUCUUCUGUUUGCCAACCUUCCUUAAUUUCUCCACUACAACAACAUGCUGGUCGAAGCAGUUUCUGAAGAACUUCCAACGCUCUUGGAUCAACUCAAGGACAGAUUACCUUACUCGGUUGCGGUGAUGAACAUGAUUCACAUGAUCGUCGUUGGACGACUGAAGGCUUACAAAGUGUUAGUUCCUCAAGAUGACACUAGAGGCACUCUAGUCGUGUUAUGGCCAGAUGCAACGAAGAAAGAGAGAGAUCAGUUUCCGGUGUCAAUUUUCGCCACUCCUGAGGCUUCCCAUCAACUCGAGGAUCAUCUUCUAAACACCACCCUAGUGGACUGGAGCAGAAACAUUUCAUUUUUUGACCUGUUGCCAUGGGUAUUGCCUCCUACAAUCCGAGCUGCUCAGAAGAAGGGAAAGGUCGAAGAACUUAACUCCUACAGACGAUGGGUUUUACAAGACCUGAGUCCCGCUGACUUGGAGAUAGAUCUCCCAGUUGAAGUGUACGUUGCGCCCCUGGAACCCCACCAUGCCAAAGAAAUCUAUAAAUUCUGGCGGUUUCGUUGGGCCUACAGCUACGAUAACUUGUUGGAACAAGUAGGACAUCUUCCAUCAUCAGGGAUCUUCCUCCGCCAGACCAACGAGCUCAUUUCUUGGCGGACGACUUGUAUCAAUGGUUACAAUGGACACGGGUACACUCUUCCAGAGCACCGAAUGAAGGGCUACAGUCGCAUAGCCCUCAAGUUCUUGACCAAAGAAUCCCUGUGUCUAGGGUUGAUUCCUUGCACUACCAUCAGGCGGUGUAACUCUGCUUCCGAGAACCUCUACGCUACAAGCGGUUUCCAACCUGUUUAUGACUUUUUUGUAUUUCACCUUGUCGGCAGCGACCACAUGAGAUGUGACUAAAAGAAAUUUGUUGGUAUUUUUCUAUUAUAUCUCUGUUUAUACAUUCAUUGUUUCUAUCACCGGAGGAUUUUUUCCAAUAUCUUCUAAAAACGUAGAUAGUGUUAUUCAAAUUUUUAAACUAUUCUUCAAACCUUACUGUAGGAAAUACAGACACUUUCAGAAAGUUUAAAUCUGUCGCGUUGUAAGAUAGGCAGUCAUAUUUAUACUAGUGUGUCAGCGUCUUUAAUUUCUUAUGUUGUCAUUUAAAUCAAGUUAUACUUGUCAGAAGAUAUCCUCUGAAGUUCAGUUUAGUGGAAAAACGACACGUCGUCUUUCUUUCUAGGCCCCGUGUUACGAAAUCCCCCCCCCCACAAAAAUUGUAUAUUUUAAACGAAUAGUUUUUUCUAGUUACUAUAGAAUAUAAAAAAGUUCUGGGAAUUUGUUAGCUUAAUUUGAAAUAACUUAGACGUUAAAACGUUUGAAAAAUUAACUUUUUAUUAAUCUGCUUGUCUUCCACUACCUCUGGUUUUAGUUUUGUUUUUAAUUGUUGUGAACUUUGUUUUUAAAUUGAACUAUUCUGAUUUAUAGAAAGAAUUUUACUUACAAAAGUAAAGCCUGGAAAGGUUUUUAUUUAAACGUGAAAACACCAAAGGUGGGCCCAGAAUUCAAUGUUAUUAGGUCGGAAGGGGGGAGGGGUGGGGUUAACGAGUUUGGACCUAGAAUUCGAUGUUAUUAGGUCGGAAGGGGGGAGGGGUUGGGUUUAACGAGUUUGGACCUAGAAUUCGAUGUUAUUAGGCUUGGGACAAACUUUUAAAAAAUCUUUUAUUUUGUAUACAACAAAUUUUUUAAUAAAGUUACAGACAAAACUAUCGGUUAUUACUUGCUCCAGAGACGGAAUCCUAAAUUCCUGAGGGAAUUCACAAUUAAAAAAGGCUUCUGCCAUCCUGGUAGGGGAGAGUUUCAGAAUACAAGUUACCUGGAAUAAACAAGGUCUGGUUUCGAGCCAACAGGACUGUAAAAACUGUAUGGUAUUUCUUUUAUAUAUAUAUAUAUCUUUUAGAGUAAUAACCCCCCCUUCCUGUGGCUUCCAUACGUAUGUAAUACCGUUACUGAUGUAAUGUCUGAACAGUUGAAUCAUAUAAAAAUAAAGGUAUUUUAUAGAAA